UUAAAAUGAAUAGAAAGACUCUACCUGUCUCCAACUCCACCUUAAGAAGGAGGGCCCGUGUAGACGUAGAAAACCGACUUAAACAAAUGCGGGAUGACGCCACAAAUUUAAUUGACUUUCAGAUGACAACAGAGAGGAACCUUGACCAUGGACACAUCAGUGAAGAGCAUUUUCAUGAAAGUCACACUGGAACUGAUAAUCCACACUGUCUAGACACUGAAACCGGUGCUGGUUUUAGUGAGCAAGAUGGCAUGGAGAUAGAUCUAGGCCUGUCUGAGGAUUUUGAGGAUGCUGCUUGUGAUGUUCAGACUCAGACAUCUGAGUCUGAUCAUUUUGAUGAUGAACUCCAAGACUCGGUUUCACUCUCUGACAGUUUAUCCCACUGGGCCAUACAAUUUCGUAUUUCCUUGGUCGCUUUGACAGCAUUAUUGGCCAUACUUCGCAUUUACCAUUCUGAUAUUCCAAAGGAUGCUAGGACACUCCUCAGAACUGAGACAGAAUACUCAAUUCUUGAAAGGGCUGGAGGACAGUACCACUAUUUUGGCAUUUUGGCUUCUCUUAGAAAUACAUUGUUAAAGUUCAAACACACGUUAGCAGACAGUUUCACUUUGAAGUUACAAAUCAACAUAGAUGGACUUCCUUUGUUCAAGAGUUCUUGUCUGCAGUUGUGGCCCAUCCUUGGUCUACUAUUAAGUGUUCCCAUGAAGGAACCUGUAGUUAUAGGUUUGUUCUGUGGACCAAAGAAACCAAGUUCAGCAAAAGACUUCCUUGAAGACUUUGUUACAGAGUUACAACAGCUUGAAAAUGGUUUUGAUUUAGAAGGUAAACAGUUAAAUCUCAAGCUGCAUACAGUCAUCUGUGACACACCAGCCAGGUCCUUUAUUAAAAACACAAAGAACCACAAUGCCUACCAUGGAUGUGACAAAUGUGUGCAGCCUGGAAACUAUAUUAACAGACGCAUGACAUACCCAUGUGCAGACUAUGCCCUACGGACAGAUGAAUCAUUCACAAACAUGGCCGAUGAGAGUCAUCAUCAUGAAGGACCACAUCCAUUUAUUGGCAGUAGUGUGGAUGUUCCAUUUGGUCGAGUUCCAGAGCAACAAAGCAGUAGCAGUAGUACCAGAAAACUGGUGCUGUGAUGGUGCUACCUACUGGCCCAACUAUAGAAAUGAUGAAAGAGUGGAUAAGGCAGUAAAAAAUGUAGAGGAACCAGGACCAGACUGGAAGACAUACGAUAUCAGAAUUAUCAAAUCAUGUGAUCAGUACUUUGAGGCACGACAGCUUCUGAAGAAAUCGCUUACAUGCAGCACAUCAGACCUUCAGUCAGAAGAGGAAGAGGAGGAAAUACGACCAAAAAGGAAGCCAAAGGCAAUUCAUUUCUUUGGGGACUCUGACAGUGACACAGAAGAAGUUUACCUGAAAAAUAAAGCCAGAGCUGCAGUAAGACGCCCACUACAACCACCUGCUCCAGUUAUCCAACCACCACCUUUCACUGGAGCUAGCAUCCACACAAUUGCUUCUUCUGCAAAAACUCCAUCACCACCACUGCUUGCCCAGAUGGAAAAUAGACCAAGAGAUGAGCCAACUCCUUCUUCAAGCCAUGUCUACAGGCCUACUUGGAAAGGGGGACGGUAUGGCUCAGACACAAUUACCUGCUCUGCUGCAGAAGUUCAAAUAUUGAGCUUACUGGAGUACAUUAAACACCAACAAGACCAAUUAACCACCAAAGUAAACUAUCUGACCAACAAGCUGAACUCAACUGUCCAAGAAAGAGAAAUACCUGACCCUGUACAGUUUCCACUACAAUCAGUGGAGGAAGUGGAGAAUUUUGAGAAAUGGCUCAAAGAUCCUGCUAACUCUCACCUGAAGCAGAGUGUGAUUUCUUCACUGGCAGCCAUCGGGGGGCUGAUGCAAGAAGUAUCACAUGGAACAUUCUUUCCCGCAUGUUCCACAGUGACAUUGGACAGAAGAUAAAUUGGACAGGGGCCAAUGGAAAGGGAGGUUUCUCCCAGAUGGCAUCAAAAACAGUACUCUUGGAUGCAGUAAGAAAGACCCACGUGUCCCGUGCUGCCACAGAAGAGGAGAUUCGGAAACAUGCCAUACGAUGGUUCAAUCUGGCAGCAGACAGAGGAAGAAGGCGGCGUCCUCCUGUUACCAUCCCGAAUCAAUGCUGAGGACUUCAGUUUGUUAUUGUUACUGUUAUUGUUCCAAAAAUGGUUAUCUUUCAGUUAUUUGUCUGUUAAUGUUUUAAUGAAGUACAGUAAUGAAUCAAUGCAUCACCUGCUUAAUUAAUUUGUGAUAGUAUUUCCUUUCUUUGCCAUUUUACUUUUUCCUUUACUGCAUUUUGUUA